CUUGUCUCUCCGACCAAACUCCAGAUCUCAAAAAAAAAAACCAAAAACAAAAUGGCGUCUGAAAACAACGAAACCAGAUCCGAUCCAACGCCGAGGAAGAUCGCACUGGUCACCGGAAUCACCGGCCAAGACGGAUCAUACCUAACCGAGUUCCUCCUCAAGAAAGGCUACGAAGUCCACGGCCUGAUCCGCCGAUCAUCAAACUUCAACACUCAGCGCAUCAACCACAUCUACAUCGACCCUCACAACGUCGACAAGGCUCUCAUGAAGCUCCACUACGCCGAUCUCUCCGACGCCUCCUCCCUCCGCCGCUGGAUCGACGUGAUCAAGCCCGACGAGGUGUACAACCUCGCCGCGCAGUCUCACGUCGCCGUCUCCUUCGAGAUCCCCGACUACACCGCCGACGUCGUCGCCACCGGCGCCCUCCGUCUCCUGGAGGCCGUCAGAUCUCACAUUGUUGACAGUGGUCGCACCGUGAAAUACUACCAAGCGGGGUCCUCCGAGAUGUUCGGAGCAACCCCGCCUCCCCAGUCCGAAACGACGCCGUUUCAUCCCAGGUCUCCUUACGCAGCGUCGAAAGUCGCUGCGCAUUGGUACACUGUGAACUACCGUGAGGCGUACGGUUUGUUCGCGUGUAACGGGAUCUUGUUCAAUCACGAGUCGCCACGUCGCGGUGAGAAUUUCGUGACGAGGAAGAUAACGAGAGCAUUGGGGAGGAUCAAGGUUGGUUUGCAGAGGAAGCUGUUUUUAGGGAAUCUUCAGGCGUCUAGGGACUGGGGUUUUGCAGGGGAUUAUGUUGAGGCGAUGUGGAUGAUGUUGCAGCAGGAGAAGGCGGAUGAUUACGUUGUGGCGACGGAGGAGUCGCAUACGGUUGAGGAGUUUCUUGAGGUUUCGUUUGGGUAUUUGGGGUUGGAGUGGAAGGAUCAUGUGGAGAUUGAUAAGAGGUAUUUUAGGCCUUCUGAGGUUGAUAACUUGAAGGGUGAUGCUAGUAAGGCGAAGGAAGUUUUGGGGUGGAAGCCGAAAGUUGGGUUUGAGAAGUUGGUUAAGAUGAUGGUUGAUGAAGAUUAUGAGCUUGCUAAGAGGGAGAAAGUGCUUGUUGAUGCUGGUUACAUGGAUGCUCAGCAGCAGCCUUGAUUUGUGGGUGGAUCGAAUAUGGUUCUAUAAGAGUUUCAAAAGUUCAUGUCUUUUUUAAAAAAAAAAAAUUAUUGCUUUAAAGGUUUGUUUUGUUUUCUAGUUUCUUGUCGUUUUAUUAAGUUAUCCAAUUUGUUUCACUCAAUGAGUUGAGAAUGAAGCACAUUGAGUUUUGUAUGAAAGGCAUCCUCUGUUCUUUCUAGUCUCUUUGUAUCUCCCAAAGUUUCAUUAAACAAAAUUGUCUCUUUUACUUUCCC